GACACCUCUCUAAGUACCUCUCUUCUUGUUGGUGCGUGAGCUUUCACGGUUCCAGUCCAUUGUGAACAACAGGGUAGAGAGUACGGAAGAAAACAAAAAAAAAACUGAAAAAGGCGAUUGACGCCGUGCUCCUCCCCUCCCCGACAACACAUCGGCGAAACACUUUAAAAAAAGGGAAAAGAAGCGGGCGCAUACCCCCCAAAAAUAAUACUAAAACGAUGCCCCCACCAAGCCGCCGCUCCGCUGCCCCCUUUCGCCCUUUUCUAUCGAGCAGCCUCGAUGAAUACCUGAGGCAGUACUGGGCCGUCGUCUUCACCGUCGGAGCGCAAGCGAUAGACACCGGGCACAUGCGCCACUACCUCGCCUGGUACGCCACCCGCCUCAAAGUAGUCGAGUUAGAUCACCACCUCUACGCCCGCACGCUGCGCGAUCAACUUAUCGCCAAAUCCGGCACCGCCGCGCUGCCGCUGCUUUUUGUGAACCAGAAGGUGGUCGGCACCAUCGCCGAUGUGCGCAGCUACGAGGAGCGGCGCCUGCUGAAGGACAUUGUGCAGUUUGGCUUUCAGUGGCGGACGGGUGCCGGCGUGGGCGGCGCGCCGCAGCCGCUGAACACGCUGCCCUCCGCGUACCGAGACACGGAGCUCUUCCGCGGCCGCUACCGUGGUGCGCCUAUUGCCCGGCCUGUCGUGCAGCUGCCGCAGCUGCAUCCUUAUCACAACGAGAAGGAUUAA